UCAAAAUACAAAAAAAAAAAAUAUAUUUUGUUCACGCCGGUCAAUAAUUUGCGAACAUGCAACGGAUAUUUUGAAAUUUAGUUAAAUCGUUAUGACACCAUUAAUAAUAACGGCUCGUUAAAAGUGCAUCUGCCAGUACAACAAAAGUGGUAUAUGACAUAACAUGUUCCGUAAAAUCAAAAUCCUACUGAUAACCGGCCUCUUUGGGGGUGUGAUGUGUGUUAAACAAAAGCACCAGCAACAAAACUGCGAACAAUACACGUCACAGCUAAUAAACCUAUUUAACAUCAUGUGCCAAAACAUCGCCAGCGAUGAUGAUAACGCUGAAUCAGGUGCGUGCUCUAGAUGUUUUCGGUCAUCAUCAAGAAGUAACAACAACCAACCCUCCAUUGGUGGACUAGAAGACUGUGCGGUCACAUAUCUAACUGACACAAGAUACAAUGACUGCGUGGAUAAUAUUGUUGAUGCAUCCCAAUUUUACAAUGGCCAAUGCGUCGCUGGUUACUGCAACUUUGUCAGAUGCAUCAGGAGGAUCAAUUCCGACCUCUUGAUAGCCAACUGUUAUGCGGCAGCAGCAGAAGACAACAGUGCCGAGCUGGAGGAGGAUCAGGUGACGUUGUUCAAAAACAUCACCUCCUGUAUACUCGCCACAACAAGAUGUUCGACAAUAAACCCGAUAACAGGACAAAGGCAAAGCAAUCGCAUUGCAGUGACCAGCUAUGACAAAUGGGGAAAACCGCUAACUACGACAGUCCCAUUAUAUAAUACGAUUCAAAUUAAUCAAGCCGGCGAUCUGCGAGUGGUGGCGUUUCCAGGAACCACCAAAAUCGCCGAGUACUUUUGCGCCUACGAGUUCAAUCUGGCUCAGACCUCCUGGAUGGGCUUUACUUGUUGAAAUCCCAAUAAAUUGUGUCGUGUAAAAUUCCCCGGAUUGUGUAAUAUGCUAAACAUGCAUUUUUGCUUCGUGAACUUUUAAAUUGCAAUUACUGCCACUUAUCGCUACUGCGUCUGUUUUUUAGUAAAUUCUUAUUAUUUAAUUUAAAUUUCGCAGUAUGUUCGUGAACAUAAUUUACGUGCCCUCUGUUGGGCAGUAGCGUAACUAACCUAGAACGGAGGACGGGUAAUAUAGA